AUGCCUCGCGCAACUCGUUCUUCUGCUAGAAAGGCGCAGCAGCCGAAAGAGAAGAAGCCGCCAAAGCGUGCCGCCUCCGCGAAGAGGUCCUCUUCUCGCACCUCCACCAAGUCCGCCUCCGUUACUGUUCCUCUUCACAAGAGAAGGAAGACAAGCAGCCCCGCCUCCAACUCGGCAACUAACCACGGCGACGACGACGAAAAUAACAACGACAACGACAACAAAAGCAGUAGCCUCGACAGUAGCCUACCAUUACUACCCCCCGAGAUAUCAGACUUGUCUGACAUCGACUACCUCAACUACGACGACGAUAUCGCCCACGACGCCAAGAACGACGACAAAGGCGGAGACGUCGGUAACAGCCUACUACCCCCCGAGAUCUCCGAUCUCUCCGACAUCGACUACAUUGGCUAUGACGACGACGACGACGACGACAACGACAAAGUCACCACCGGUGGACGACGCGGCAACAGCGACAUCCCGACCGACCUCACUUCGCCCGACAACUCUACCCCCGCCGUCGCCGCCGCCCCCAUUGGCACCACCCCCACCAUCAGCAAGGAAGGAGAAAAAGACAAAGAAAAGCAGCAAGAAGAAAAGCAGCAAGAAGAGCCGCAAGUACCAAUACCAGCAGCAGCAGCAGAACCGCCGCAACCCCAACCCGAACAACAACCCCUCCCCACAACCGCCCAGCCUACUACCACCACCACUGAAACCAUCGAAACCAUCACGAACCUCCUCGCCCCCACGGCCGCCGCCCUGCAGACCUUGUCCGCGCGGCUAGAAGGCGCACUCGCCGCCAUCGCCGCGGGCGAGGCGAGCGAGGCGGACGUCGUCGUGGUCGACGACGACCGGGCGGGAGGCGGCAGUCUGGCGGGGUUCGUCGAGGGGGUGGAGGAGUUGGAUGCGGUGCAUGGGGUUGUGGGGGGGUGGUUUGAGGAGGUGACGGGCGUGGUGGGAGAGGAGAGGGAGGAGGGGGAGGGGGAGGGCGAGGGGGGAGAAGAAGAUGGGCGGGAUUGGGAUUGGGAUUGGGAUUGGGAUUUGGAGGGGGAGAGGAGGCGGUGGGAGGUCUUGGUCGAGGGCGUGGCGGGGACGGUGAAGGGGUGGGGGGUGGAAGUGGGGGAGGGGCAUCGGGGUGAUGAUGAUGGUGAUGAAGAGUGGGUUGGGGACGAUGGUGAUGAUGAUGAUGAGGAGGAGGAGGAGGAGGAGGAGAGGGAUCGUUGGAUGGCGGGGAAGAGGAAAAGGAGUAGGAAUAAGGCAAAGUCGGGUAAGACGGGAGCGUGCUAUGAGGAUGGGGAGGAUGGGAGGGCAGCGAAGAAGCGUAAGGCAUCGGGGACGAAGAGCAACGGUGGACGGAAAGGAAAGGCACAGGAGCCACACAAUACGACAGUCGGUAUAAAGAAGGGUGAUUUAUCCGCAGCUUCGGAGGCUCACACCAUUGAGGGAAAAAAGCAGGAGGAUGAGGGAGUGCAUGAUGGCAAUUGGGAAGAGUUUGAGAUCGAUUGGGAUAUUUGA